CAUAGUAAUGUAGCUUUGUUGUGCUGAAUUUUUCUCUAAUGACUCAAUGAUAGUAGAUUAUGUAAAAAAUUAACAGUUUAAGAGCUGGGGUUGUACCUUAGUGCUAGAGCUCUUGCCUAGCAUGUGUGAGGCCCUGAAUUCAUUCAUUAGCACUUAAAAUCAAUGAUACAUUGCAGUUGAACACUAACAGUUAGCUACGCCCCCUCCCCCAUACUGAGGAUGGAACCCAGGGCCUCACUAAGUAUGCUAGACAAGCUCUCUUCCGAGGGUGCAUGGAGGGCCCUGACCCAGCAGCCCCUGCGCUCUAACGGUCGAGAGUGCGCGCAUGCGCACUGCUGAAGGUCUCACUACGCCCCUCGGCCUUCAGCCGUCGAUUCUCGAGGCGACGCGAGACCUGCCUGGCCUGGUGGGUGCCGGGCAGUAGAAAGAGUGUCUCAUCCUUUCUGUGAGUUAAUACCUGUAAUCUUCAGAAAUUUCAAUUUAAUCAAUUAGUAAUAAAGAAGAAUCAUUAACUAGGAGAAAAUGUCAAAUCUGAAAAUGAAAGAGGCAGCCCUCAUCUAUCUUGACAGAAGUAGAGGUCUCCAAAAGUUUAUAGAUGAUUGCAAAUACUACAAUGAUUCAAAACAAAGUUAUGCUGUGUAUCGAUUCAAUAUUUUAAUAAAUCCCUCUGAUGUUCUUGAAUUAGAUGCUGAACUUGGAAAUCACAUUUUACACCAUCCUUUAAAAGCUGCCCAAGUUUUUCAAUCAGUCUGUUUCAUUGCUGUGAAGACUCUCUCAUUAAUAGCACAAUUGCAGACUGAAACUCAAAUUAAUAUAGUGCUGAAAUUAACACAUUUACCUCCUCUGCCAAGUUAUAUUCUUGAUCUCUGUGAGUUUCCACUUGAUUAUACAUCUCAGAGAUUUUAUAUGAUGCAAGGAAUUGUGAUUGCAAUGACAACUAUAACCAAGUAUACACAAGGUGCAAGAUUCCUUUGUUCAGAGGAAGCAUGCCCCCUUUCAAAAGGAUUUCAGUAUAUAAGAGUGCACAUGCCUGGUGCUACAGAAUCUGCAACAGUAAGAAAUGACUUUUUGUGUAAUCUAUGUUCAUCUUCACUUCAAGAAGACAGAAAAUUUAGAGUACUUGGCGAUAAACAGAUAGUUGAAAUAAUUACCCCAAAAGCACUUUGUGCUUUUCAAGGAUAUUCUAAGAACCAGGCCUUUAGGUUUCAGUCUUUUAAAGUUUUCCUAAGAGAUGAAUUAGUGAAUAAAAUGAAUAUAGGAAAUGAGUAUAAAAUUAUUGGAAUUCCAGCCUGCGUCAAAAGCUCACAAACUGCUAUCUGUAUAGAAGCAAACAGCAUCAUUCUUUGCAAUCCAAAAGUUUCUUCAGGAAUUAGUGAAAACUUCAAUUGUCUCCUCUCCUUAACUUCUGGUUCAUGCUGGAAAUUUACAGCAAUACUUGCCAAUAUCUUUGCAUCACAAAUUGUUCCUCCAGGGACUUACAAUUUGCUCAAGCUCUGUUUGUUGAUGAGUCUAGUACAGACAAGUGAUUCUAAGAAGGAACUAGAAAAUUCCCUGGAUAUUUUAAUUAUAACAAGUGAUACUCUACUUGUAGAAAGACUUUUGAAUUUUAGCGUAAACCUUAUUUCCCGUGGUAUACAUCAUCCAGUCUCUACUGAAAUUUUUCCUACUCUAUCCAGAAAUAAAUACGGAACUGGAGCAUUUAGCAUUCAAGCUGGCAGUGCCUUGUUAGCUAAAGGUGGUAUCUGCUUUAUAGGAGACUUGUGUUCACACAAAAAAGAUAAACUUGAACAACUUCAAUCAGUUCUGGAGAGCAGAAGCAUUACAGUGUACAUCCCAGGAAAGAAGUUUGGGGAUGAUAUAGAUCAACAAAUGACUUUUCCAGUUCAGUGCAGUUUUUGGUCUUUUGUUGAUAUGGAUUCGUCUUCAAAGAGAAAUGCACAGAAAACCAACACUCUAAUUGGUCAGAUGGAUUGCAGUUUGAUUCCAGCUAACUUUGUGGAAGCAUUUGGAUUAUUGAUUAAUUGCAAUGAGUCAUCUCCUUGCCACCCACUUCUUCCAACUGUGCAACAUACCUUAAAGAAAGCCACUGAUUCCAAAGGGCUACUUCAUUUAGCUUCUAAACAGUUCACAACAGAAGACUUUGAAAAGCUACUGAUUUUUGCAAAGAAUUUGAAUGUAGAGUUCAGCUUGGAGGCAGAAAGAAUGAUUCAUGGUUAUUAUCUAGCAAGUCGCAGAAUCAGAACAGAUUCUAUGUAUGGAUCAAAACUGUCAGCAUCUGCAUUGAAAUAUUUAGUUUCCUUAUCUGAAGCCCAUGCACGACUAAACUUAAGGAAUAAAGUGCUCAAAGAAGAUGUACUAAUUGCAGCCUUGUUAUCUGAAACAUCUCUCACGUUGAAAUAUGGAGCCACUGCAUUUGGUGUUGCUCCAAAUGCAGUAUUUCCAUUUGAACUGUAUAAUGAAGAGUAUUUAGAACAAAGGGAUCUCUAUCUGACUCAGUGCCAACAACAGCUUCAACAGUUUAUUGCCACCUAUGGACCUGGAAUUGCUCUUUUUUCUAGUGAUGAAUAAGCAACGUAAGGAAAAGUUUUCACUCCUACUUAAGCAAUGGGGAAAAGUACAUUUGAAUGGUUUUCAAGUAAUACUUCAGAUAAUACCAUGUACAAGAUUACAUUAGAGUACCAUUUAAAAACUAUAACCGAUGGUCCUUUAAAAAUAAAUUGCUGGGCUGGGGAUGUAGCUCAGUGGUUCCACCGCCUGCCUCGAAAGCACAAGGUCCCAAGUUCGAUCUAAGGUAAAAAAAAAAAAAAUUGCUAAUGCCUGGCAAGCAUGAGGUCCUGAGUUCGAUCCCCGGUAUUGUCUAAACCUCUAAAACCAGCAGCAGAAUUUAAAAAUUUAGAACGAUACGAACAGUUUAAAAUGAAGUGGGCAAGGGGCCAGGGACAUAAUUCAGUGGCGCCGCACCUGCGUGGCAAGCACAAGGUCCUGAGUUCAAUCACCAGUAUUGGGGGGAAAAAAAUGAAGUGGCCAAAGAGAAUCCUAUUUUUAUUUUUUUUUGGUACCAGGGAAUCGAACUCGGGUCCUUGGUGCUUGUGCAGCAGGCUGCGAAACCACUGAGCUAAAUCCCUGGCCAGAGAAUCCUACUUUUAAAAAUUUCGGGCUGGCUGGGUGGUGACACAUGCCCAUAAUCCCACCUACUCUGGAGGCUAAGGCAGAAGAAUGAGAAUGGAGGCUAGCCUGGGAGAACUUAGUGAGAUCAUCUCAAAAAUGAAAAUUAAAAAUUAUAAAACGGGCUGGGGAUUUGGUACCAAGGAGGGAAAAAAAAAAUUGAAAUUUCUGGUUUGCCCAGUAUAUCAGAGAUGAAGAGAUAAAAAGAGAAUGUUGCAAUGUUGAAAAUGGUAACAUAUGUAGUUCAUUCUACUUGUCACAAGAUGGCAAUAAUACUUUUAAUUUUCCUACAAAUUAAAACCAUUUUUCUUCAAACUUGUGAAGUUGCCAAACUGAUAAUUUAUAUGACCUAAAAUUUCAAAUUUAAAGCCCAUAUGGAAUAUGGAAAAACCUUUGAAUUUUCAUGUCAAGUUAAAUGGAAAAAAAUGGAGUCAAUGAAUCAGCGAUUUAUAAAUUGGCCUUCUUCCUAAAAGGUUUUAAAAGUUCCAAAAGACAAUUUGCCAACCAAUUAUUAUUUGAGAUGGGGGGGUCUCACGUUGCCCAGGCUGGCCUUGAACUUUUGGGAAACAAGUGAUCCUCCUGUCUCAGCCUCCCAAGUAGCUGAGACUACAGGUAUAUACCAUUGCAUCUGACCUCCACUUUUUGGGUUUGUUUUUAAAAAACUGGGGACAUCAAAACAUACCAAUUUCAUAAAACCUUUUUUGGGGGUGGUACUGGGAAUUUAACCCAGAGCCUUCACACCGAUCUACAUUCUUGUCUUUUUUUGAAAUAGGAUGAAGGCAAAACAGUAUUAUUUUAAAAGCAUAUGAAAACUAGGAUCUAUAGUAGAGCCCAGGCUGGCCUUGAACUCAUGGCAGUCCUUCUGCCUCAGCCUCUCAAGUGCUGGGAUUACGGGUGUGUGCCACCAUGCCCAGCUAUCCUCAAUUUCAUAAUAUUGAAGUUCCAAACACUGGGAGGAAAAGAACUAUGGUUUUUAAAUGUUGCCUUUAAUGGGAAGUGAUUAGGACACAGCUUUACAAUUACAGUUUAACUGAGCCUGCUAUAUGCAAACUAUGAUCAUAACAAAAGUAUUUUAUCUAUAAAAUAUGGAGUCAAUAUGGCAAACAAUUUUGCUAAAUAUAAGCCUUCACUUGGGUAAGAUUCAGUUUUAAAGUUCUUGUAAAUUUUUAGUCCUAGACAGACAGGUGGCCUGCCCAGUCACUAUCUUCCUUAAUACAGCAUAUUGUUAUUACUUGUUAUAGAGCAUUACUUUUUGUGUUCACAAAAAUAAAAGUAAAUCUGUAGCUCAUAGAAAGGUGAAAUCUUUACCUUUAAGGGGCAACCAAAAGCACUUAAAGAGAUUAGGAAAUUUCCAUCAGCCAUUUUUUAAGUUCAGUAGCAGGGAGUGCAAUUAUUAGGGCAAGAAAUUCCCUAAAAGCUUAAAAAGGCACUAGAAAUGACUCCCCAGCUGUCCAUUUCAAUAAGAAUCACCACCUACAAAUGAGCUAGUUUUUGACAACAGUAUGCUUAAAGUAGGUUGAAAAUAGGUCUGACUAAAAAUUAGGAACACAGAUGCUUUCAAGAGGAUGUAUUUUAAAGAAAAGAAUUUAUUAUUCAGCAAUUACAAUUAGUCUUUUUCUACAUAAUUUGUGAAUUUUUCAACAUCAAAUAUUUGUAUCAUUUGCUUCUGUUCAUGUUUUCUUGACCAAUUCUUCAUUGUUCCUUCUAACAUGUUGCAUUCUAUACCUCCAAAAAAAGAAAAAACAAAUCAGCAGUGAAAAUCAGUAACUUCGAUACAAGUGCUCCUUCAAAAAUUAAUGCUGGGGCUGGGAAUUUAGUUCAGUGGUUUGGGUGCCUGCCUUGCAAACACAAGAUCCCGAGUUCGAUCCCCAGUACCAAAAAAAAAAAAAAAAAAUUAAUGCUGAGAAAAGAAAACCAUAACCCAGAAAUGCAAAGGCAAUUUCAAAAGGAAUUGGUUCCAGCCCUAUGGAGUUUAUCAGAUAGUUCUGAACCAUUAGCAGAUGUGGUUGGUUGAGAAGUCAUAAUCACUUACAUGAGGCAGUGAUGUAUUUUUAACUGCCACCAGAGGACUUAUGCAUUCAUUUGCAGCUACCUAUAGGCUGAAGAGAAAUAUUUCACUCAUUUCAAUAAAAAAUUGCUUUAUAUUCAGUAAUUGACAUCAUCAUUAAAAGACUACUGGCAUCUCAGUCUUAACAUGAUUUCUUCAAAGAAACCCUCUGCUGGGUAAACGGCAAAAAUUUAAGUCAUCAUUGUGCCAGCUAUAGCUUAUCUAUGUUAAUAUAUUACAGAUUUUGGCUACUGCCCUUUAUUGAGAAGGGAGGGAGGAGGCAGACUAUGUACAUAGUACCUUGUUACAUGCAAUUGUAGUAAUAAUUUUCUUCAGUCAUCUUCUAUGACAAGUUUUUGAAAAACAUUCGUUCACAACCUUCAUAUAUCUUCAAAA